UUUCAGUGCAGACAGCGGAGAGUUUGGGAAGUCUGCACUACGGCUGUGGAAUCUGUGGCCUGGGGUAUGAAAACAUGGCGCGUAUCACAUUCUCCUGCUUUUUCCUACUCGCUGAGCUCUCCGUGACCUUGGCUCUAGUGGUGACACCCGGUGACCUGGCUGUGCUCGAGGGCCGCUCAGUGACCAUCCCCUGCCACUAUGACCCCCAGUACCUCAACCACAACAAGUACUUCUGCCAGGGCAGGAUGAGGGACUUCUGCAGCACGCUGGCACGCUCGCAUGACACAGCCGCCACAGAGAGCGAGGGCGAGGGCGAGGCCAGCAAGGUGUCCAUCUUCGACGACCCGACACAGCUGGUGUUUACGGUGACCAUGACGGAGCUGACGGAGAAGGACUCGGGCUACUACUGGUGCGGCGUGGAGGUGGGGGGCAUGUGGCAUGCGGAUGACGCGUCGUCGCUUUACAUCGACGUUGUGCAUGGCAUGUCAGUUCUAAACAGCAUGGUGCAUGGAGAGGAAGGAGACAGCAUCACUGUGGAGUGCCAGUACAGUGCCCGCCACAGUGAGAGUGAUAAGAAGUGGUGCAGGAGUGGGGACUGGGGCUCCUGCGUGAAGACGGAUUCCAACGGGACGUUCCGGAAUGCGGCAGUGGAGAUCCAUGACAACCGUAGAGAGGCGUUCACGGUGACGCUGUUGAAUGUGCAGAGGAGGGACACCGGGUGGUACUGGUGCGCCUCCGGAGAACAACAGGUGGCCGUCCGCGUCAUGGUGUCACCUCGUGCCACAACCCUAACACCAACUACGACAACCGCCGAUCCAACGACUGUGGUCACCACAGAGACCUCUCUUCCCCCAGGGUCACCACCAGUUAGUGGCCUUGUUAUCCAAAGCUCCGGUAACUGGCUACAAUCAUUGAUGAUAGGCCUUUAUCUCCUGCUGGUGAUUGUGGUGAUUGUGGUCGCCUUCAAGUUCUGGAAACAUUACAGGCGGACCAAAGCAGCCAAACAGCAUGAGGAGAUGGAGUCCAGUCUGGCGGUGUGUCCCGUGAGAGAAGACGACUGGAAGAACACCACCAUUGUCUUCCUCAACACUUCCACCCAGCAGCUACAGGUGAUGGGGAAGGACAAAUGUACAUUUUGAAAAGGCCUACUGCAACUGUCUUUAUUUUGCAAGGGUCUUUUUUCUACCCCAGAGAGUUGUAUUUUGCCAAUAUGCUGGACCUCCACCACUGUGUUACUAUGAAUGCUUUUGACUUUUAUUUGGAGUUUUAUUUGAGAUACUUGUCAUCAUGUGAUUUCAAGAAUACAGUAAUAUAUUGUAUA